AUGAGCUGUUCAGAGCGUGAUCCAGAAGUCACGUUAGUUGAGGAGGGGUCGGCGGCUACACCAAAAUCCAACAACAAAGGGGUUAAUAAAACGUUUAAGGUACCAUUCAGGACUACUAGUGAUAUUAAAAGUCCCAAGAAUGAAUUUUUGAACCAGGGUAGUCAAAUUUCUAGUGAGAUCAAGCAAUUGGAAUCUCGUAUAGAUAGUGAACUUCGCGAGUAUAAUAAGAAGGAAACGUUAUUGAAGAGGGCUGUCAAAGUUGCAUCUACAUAUGAUCAAGAAGAAAACACACGGGAUUUAAUUGUUAAGUGGAGAGGUGUAUGCCAAGGAGCCAUGGCAUAUAUUUUAAAUUCGACUAUAUUGAAGAUUAAUAAAAUGGGGGGAUAUAAGGAAUUUAAACAAAAAGAGGUGGAAAAGUUGAAGAAGCAAAUCGAAUACCAGGCAGACGAUGGGAUUGAAGAGCAGAUCAAUAUGGUUCUGGAAAGUGAGGAUUUCUUGAUGCUUCCCUCUGAAGAGCAGCAAGAAAUCCGUGAGCAGAUGGAGGAGAAGCGUUUGGAAGCUGAGAAGGAAAAGGAAAAGGCUCUAGCACGAUUGGAAGUGCAAUUUGGAGAUAACGAGCAAGACGAGAUGACUUUGCAAGAAUUAGCUCAAAGGCUUAAGGUAGAAUAUAAUUUGGUGUAUCCUUCAUAG